AUGUUUAAACGCGCUGCCACUGCAAUGGGCCUUUUCUGGGCGCUAUUGUUUUGCCAUUCCCUAGCCUUCCCAUUUGAGCCGUUUCCUACAGAUACUGAUGUUGUCCCAUCCGCCAAUGUAUCCGACCUCCUCCCGAAGCAUCUGGUCAAAAGAGCAUCACGGUAUCCCAGAGUCAAGUAUGGCCCCACCUGCAGUGCUGAGGAGCAGGCCUAUAUAGAUACUGAGUUAGAUGAGCUCCAGCCAGUGAUGAUCCGUGUCAUGCGUCAACUCCGAGAUAUCCGAGCAGUUAUUAGAGAAAAAGAACAGCCAGCCAACUGGGGAACUCGAUUCGCUGAUAAUGACCGGAUCUUAACCUCCUGGGCUUCAAUGAUGGGAAGAACUAGAUUUAAUUAUGAGGUUGAAUUGAAAGAAAAUCAAGAUAACCUGGCUUCAUGGACGAUGACUUCACGGAAUAUGCAAUUCAUGAUAAGUGUCUACAGCCGUAUCUACAACGCCUUACGGGAUAGAACGCUGGCACUUACCAUCCACUGUGGUGAUGAAUUCUAUGUCUUUGAUAAAGACGUCAGUACCAAGAACACCCGUGUAUAUCGAGAUACCAGAUCGACAGAGUUCCAGCCUUAUAUGAUAUUGCCGGAGCCCGGAAGACUAUGCCACGAGAAUGGGGGUGGCAACGGAUGGCAGAUGUGGAACAAGCUCACUGUAGAAGACGAAAUUUGCAUCUGCCCGAGGGUUUUCGACAAUGCAAAGACGUCGCAGACUCUGAGCAGUUUAGACAAUACUGUUGACAGCCUUAAAGGGCGACAUGUCGAUUAUAUCAAGAAAUUCACCGCAGCAGGCAGUUUACUACACGAGCUAUCCCAUUGCCGUGGCAUCCUUGGGGACGACCAGACCAGUCCGUUCAUCGAUGGGUAUCAACGAAACGGCGUCUGGGCCGUGUCAAAAAUUGAUCCAGCUGGGGCUCAUCGCAACGCAGGUAAUACAGUCUCCGCCCAACCACCGUUAUCUAUGUAA